CAGACUUAGCACCAUCGCAGCCAUAUAGGUGUCCGGACACCUUUCCAGUCCAAUAAUUCUGUUCACACUAUUAUCAUGGUCCUCCGCACCACCACCUCCCCCCUGACCCCCGAAUUCGACGACCUGGUCGCCUCGCUGCUCGAAAAAUGGAAGAUCCCGGGCCUGACCAUCGCCAUCAUCCACGGCUCCACCACCCACUCUAAGGCCUACGGCUUCGCCUCCCUCCCCACCCAAACACCCAUGACACCCACCACCCUCUUCAGCACCUGCAGCACCACCAAAGCCUUUACGGCAGCCGCCCUCUCCCUGACCCUCGAAGACAGCCAAACCACCCCCACCCCAAUAACCUGGACGACACCAGUCUCCACCCUCAUGCGAGACGACUUCGUCCUCUCCUCCCCGGCCCUCACCUCAAGCACCACGAUCGAAGACAUCCUGUCCCACCGCACCGGCCUCCCGGGCCACUUCGGGGCAAUGUCCCUCGCCCAACCGAGCGAGUCCCUCCGCACAGCCGUCCGCAAACUCCGCCAUCUGGACAUCGCCUACCCGCCGCGCACGCGCUUCGUCUACUGCAACCACAUGUUCAUCGCGGCAUCGCACCUCCUCGAAUCCCUGACCCACAAACCCAUGUCGCAGACCCUGAAAGAACGGAUCUGGACCCCCCUCGGCAUGAACGAUACCUACUUCGACGUGCACGCCGUCCGGACCGACCCGGCACUAUCCCCCCGUCUCGCAACAGGCUACGUCUUUGACCCUGUCUUAAACACGCAAGUCUCCGUCCCGUACCUAAACUACGCCCCUACCACCGGGACCGGCGCCAUCGUCAGCACUGUCCUCGAUUACGCGCACUGGAUCCGUGCGCUGAUCUACCAAUCGCCCCCUCUCUCACCGCAAACCCACAGGUCCCUCCGUCUUCCAAGAUCGGUCAUUUCAGCAGAUGACUGGGACGGCAUGCUCGGUCCGCCAGCCGGACCGGGGGGAUUCCAUCUCUACUCCCUCGGAUGGUUUGUCGACGUCUACGCCGGACAGCAAAUAUACUAUCACAGCGGAAGCUGGGAAGGGUUCGGAAUCAUGGUCGGCUUCCUCCCGGGACGCGGAUGGGGGUUCGCGAUGAUGGGCAACUCCCAGGACGCGCGCAUCGUGCAGUUAGAAUUAUACCUCACGCUCAUCGACAACCUACUCGGACGGACCGGGGCGGGUGUAGAAGAUGAGCGAACCGCGCAUAUCCGCAAACUGACCGAGCGAUGGACUCCCAGAGUCGAGACUCUCCCCGCAGUCAUCGAUCGAUUAUUUCCCACUUUGAAUUUACACACCAAACUCCCCCACUCCCUCACUCUGGAUUCCUACACAGGCACAUACACGCACCCUGCCUACGGCACACUCGUGCUCGAAAUCAGGCAUGGAGGGUUAUUUUCGGAUUUGACUGACCGGGUCAUUCCCCGGUUCAUGAGAUUCGAGCAUGUGAGCGGGGAGUUCUUUGUAGUGAAGUACUUCAAUCCGGAGGCGGAGGACGCGGGGCCGGAGUUUAUCAAGGUGGAGUUUUACGUUGAUGGUGGGGGUGUGGUGGGGAGGGUGGGGUUGGAUAUGGAGCCCGCGUUGGGGGGAGAGAAGACUUGGUUUGCGAGGGCCGGGGGUGGGGGAAUGUAA